GAUCUGUCCAGCAGCACAGAGCAGUCGGAAACACUGCAGCAGACCAACGACUUUUAGCCACAACACACACCACACUCUCACACACACAUACAACCAGAGGAAGAGAGAGACAGAGGCGUAACCAGAAGCAGCGUGAAAGAAAAGGAAAGCCACUCUUUUGUCUCCAUGGACACUCCACUUCCUUCGAGCAGUUCUUAGUUCGUGUAGCACAGCAGCGGGCUCUUGCCAUCCGCUUAAUAAUUCAUCGGGUCGGUCUCUGAGCUUUGAGCCUGCAGCGCUCACCAACUUUUCCUUCUCGAACUUUUGCACAUCAGCACUCGGCUGUUUCAGCAACUCUCCUUUUAAACAGUUGGCACAGAGGCAGAGGAAAAACAGGUUCAGGCACUUUGUGAGCGUCUUGUGUGUGUUUGUGUGAGUGAGAGUGGGCGAAAGCUGUGUGUGUUGUCUGGACGGAGGGCAUCCUGGUCAUCUCAUUCUCGGACUUGGUACCCAUUGGUUAAAGCGCAGCUCUUGUGGGACUAAACGUGGGAGACUGUGACGUGAGAAGCACUCUGGAGUCCACAGAGAGGCUCGUAUGGGACGUGCGCCUCGUCUGUGAGCACCGCUGGUGAAAGCAGCUCUGUGCUGUGUUUGGGCUGUUGCAGGGGCUUUCUGUGCACCCUCGGGUUCUCUCUCAUCAUGGCUGGCUGUACCAGCCGCUGCAGACAGGGGGUGCUAAAGCUCAUUCAGUCCCUUCAGAGGCUUGUCUCAGGAACCCUCAGUAAAGAUAAGGUGGAUGAUGAAUUGGAGAUGACAAUGGUCAGCCAUCGGCCGGAGGGUCUCGAGCAGCUCGAGGCGCAGACCAACUUCACCAAGCAAGAGCUACAAGUCCUUUACAGAGGCUUCAAAAAUGAGUGUCCAAGUGGAGUGGUGAAUGAAGAGACAUUUAAACACAUUUAUGCACAGUUUUUUCCACAUGGAGAUGCCAGCACGUAUGCACAUUAUCUCUUCAAUGCGUUCGACAGCAGAAAUAAUGGAUCCAUAAAGUUUGAGGACUUUGUGAUGGGACUUUCUACUCUGCUGCGGGGGACCGUCCGAGAUAAACUAGAAUGGACAUUUCAUCUAUAUGACAUUAACAGAGAUGGAUUUAUAAAUAGGGAGGAAAUGACGGAGAUAGUGAGGGCCAUCUAUGACAUGAUGGGGAAGUACACGUAUCCAGCUUUAAAAGGGGAUGUACCGAAGCAGCAUGUGGAUACCUUCUUUGAGAAAAUGGACAAAAACAAAGAUGGAGUUGUAACAUUGGAGGAGUUUGUCAUUGCCUGUCAGGAGGAUGAAAAUAUGAUGAGAUCCAUGCAGCUCUUUGAAAAUGUGAUGUAGAAAAGAUCAACCAGAAGAAGAAAAGAACAAAACAGAGAGUGGGGAAAAGAAAGCAAGAUGGGGAUUUUAUAUUUAAAUGUGUUAUAUUUCACUGGACUGAGUUCUGGGGGAAUAUAAUGGCCUGAGGGAAUCUGCGAGUCUUUAGGGUUCGUUUUUUCUCUCUCUUUUCAAACCUUAUAACAUAUUUAAUGUUGUCUUUUGCUGGUGUUUUGGGAAACUAUAUCAGCCCAGAAUCCACCUUGAUCCAGCCACAGAAGACUACAUGUUUGAAAAGCAUUGUGCGAUGAUCAACACCCUUCUUCCUGUGAAAACGAAC